UAAUUCACUAGGUAAUCGUAAUUGAUGGACACUAAAUAGUGGAAAGAAUUAUUACGGAACCAGAAAGACCAUCUGUUUUGAAAGAGAUUUGAGUAUUCUGUACUCGUCUGAAAGGUGGUGUAAACGCUGCAAAAUGUGUGUCCAAAGAGUGGAGGAAAACGUUGAAACUAUUGAUUAAAAAGUGGAACUGUUACUUUACUUCGAACAAGACAAAUUCUGCACCACCACUUCUACCAGACACAGAUGCAAACAAAAUUGGAAUUUAUUUUAACAGACACUAUUCGUAGGAUGCAUCCAGUUUAAAUCAUCACUUUGUUCUCCUCUUUCACUAUUUACUUUUUCAACCAACGCAACCAAAGAAACAAUAUUUAAAGCCAAAACCUUAACCAUGAAGAUUAGCAUAGACCCUGAAGCUGGCAAGGGCCUCGAGGCGUCGGAGAGGUCGCAAGUUGUGUAUUCUGCGAACUGGAAGGAAGACAUGUUGUUGGGGAGACAGCUCCAAGUGCUGGACAGGGCACAGAGGAGAUUUGUUCAUAGAAUAACUAUCGAACAGAAGGUAUUAUACAAACGCUUCCAGACAAAACUGCACCGGUCCAAGCUGGCGUAUGCUCAGAUGUGGGGUAACAAAGACAGGGUCAGAGCGUUACGAGAGAAACACAUGCAUGGCCUCAAUACCAAUUGCUAUGACAACGAAGAGGACUUGGAGUUCCUCAAGAGGCUCCACCAGCGGCCGUGUGUCAGGAGCGGCACGACGAGGACACGACAAGGGAGGCAACCUGAAGAUCUCACGAACAGAGAUAUGGACCUCUUGAUUCGCGCUGUCCUCGAUGAACAAGGUGCGGCGUUAAAGACAUCGGGUUCUAUGAAACUACCGGCGAGACCGAGAAGUCGUCCAGCAAGUGCACGGCUAGAUGCGAAGAAACACUUCACCACUCGUCCUGCUACAGCCACUGGAACAAGGGUGGAUGAGGAAUAUUUAGUCCUUCCAAGUAUCGACGGCGAGACAACUGAUGACAAGAUACACUCUUAUGUGGAAAGCAUUAGCUUUGAAAAUGACAGAAGGAAAACACCAGACUCGCACCAUGCGUCUGUUGAAGAUAGGUCAAGGGUUUCGUUCGUCCAGACUCGACCUCUAACCGCAUCAGUGGUUAGACUGACUCCGGAUAAAGAGUCUAGGAAUGAAAGAGUGAAAAGCGCUCACGCUCAACCCAGUUUUAGAAGGGGAGGUAAUCGUGCACAGUUGAGGCGGGGAUCUCUGUUUGGAGAACAGAUUAAACCGAACCUUGUUGAACAGUACCUAAGCGAAGUCAAGUACAAAAAUUACGAGAGCAGGGUAAAGGAGUUUUGUGAAUCGCUUGCACCAUUUGAAAGCAAAGAUUUAAAUCUUGUCGCCGACUAUUAUGCUUCAAAGUUUUCGACCACUGCAUACAGUAAUCUAAAGGACCACAUUGCCACAGUACCAGGGACACCGAGAGAAGAGCAUGAGAAAUAUAUUGGUAAUACGUCUGUUAAAAGUCUUACGAUGCAGCUGCUUAAUUUGGAAUUUGAUAAGGAGUUUACCGACAGCGAACCUACAGAAGACUUAUCGAUAGCCGCCAUUUCAACUCUUGAUACAAAACCAAACGGUAUCAAAAACAGUGAUUAGUCACAGACGAUUUUAGUCAUCAUAAUGAAACUGUUAACUAGUGACACUAGUCACUUCGUACAUCACGAAUAAUAUUACUAAAUGCAUCGCUCGUAAACUUGUGGGAUCUACCAUUCAUGAGUAUUCUUGUUUUCAUAAUCUUUUGUUUUGCCUUGCAUUCUUCUUUUUAACAGACUAUUAUCAUGCACCUUCAGAAGACUUACCUUCUUGUCCAGUACCCAGUUUGUCAUUGGUAUUUUGUGUAGAUAUUCUUGUGUCAGUGUUGUUACAUUCCAUUAGUUCAUUUAAGCUUGUUCGUGGCGAUCCAUUACGAGUAAAUACCUCUAAUGGAGCUUCAACUACUCCACGCUGGUAGGCCAUUUGCCCAACGGACUCCAAUAGUUCAGUGCUGGUAGAUCUGCUCAGGAUGAAACAGACUUUGUAAUAUGGUUUGGCUCCUAGUUGUUCCUUUCAGGCCUUAUGACAUAGUUUUAAUUGAUUAAUAUUUGAAUAUGAUGUAAUAUACGUUUAUUUUUAAAUGCUGUACAGGCAGUAAAUGCUUUUUGUGGAUUUAUAUACGACAUAUUUGCUUCUAUAUGCAUUAUAAAACUAUUUUUGACACCACAUACUCUUCUUUAAAAGAAAACCCCAAGAAAUAUGCAUCUUUGUUAUUGUCACUUGGGUAUUCGACUAUUUGUAGUUACACUUUCCAUUCAUGCUCGUUCCAACCAGUACUCUACAACUGGUAUAACAAAUGACGUGGUGUGUCCUAUCCUGUUUGUGGGAUGUUGCAUGUAACUAUAGCAUAUAUUUUCAUGCUAAUCAAAAAGAGUAGCCCAUGCA